AUGUCGGAUAUUUGGGGAUCAAAUGUAACGUUUGAGCCUCCUGAGUUUACUUGGGACAUUGAGAUCCCUGACUACACAGUCAGAAAUGUGUUCCACCUCGUCGUCCAUAUUUUGGCGUUUGCCUUCGGCGUUCCAGGUAACUGCCUUAUUCUCCGUGUCUACUGGACUAAAGCUCGCAAGACCAGCACCCAUGUCCUAAUCCUGGCCUUAGCCUGGGUAGAUCUGACUGUCUGUGUGUUGAGAAUCCCUGUGAUUACUUCACGGGCUCUCAUUCUCUCCGGUGACUGGACAUCAUGGGUCAACGCAUACUUUGUCUUCUCGGCUGUGGAGGGUACCGCAGUCGUCAGCUCUUUUCUGAUCACCGGGCUCGUGGCGGUGGACCGCUACGACUGCAUUUGCCGCUCACAGAAGCGAUUGUUCACCCAUAUGCGGGGUAAGAUAGCUACCUUGGUCGCUCUGCUGUGCGCAUUUUUCCUUACCCUCCCUGGUUAUCUCGUGUUGUUGUUUUAUUCGCAAACGCUCGGCACAUUGUCGUGGGUACUGAUGUCGGUAUCGUUCCUGGGUACGUUUGCGACGGUCGUCCUGUGUUACGGAAAGGUUUUUGCCCGAGUCAGGAAACACGUCAAAGUAUGUGCCUCUCACAAUGACGAGCCGAGCCCACAAGACCCAAAUGGUGUACAACUUGAACACAACCUACCUCUGGAACAAUGUACACAGCCCAGCGCGGCAACUUGUGAAAUGGACAGUUCCCUUAUCGACAGGACCUUAUCGAUGUUCAGCAACAAUGCAGGUACCAGCUCAGACGGUUGUACCGACUUCAACCUAAACAAUGUCCCUUCAAGCACUGUUCCCUGUAGACCUCCACAAGAUGUUGCUGGCCAUCUCUUCCUGACACCCACAACCCGACAGGCAAUGCAAGAUGAUGUUGGUGAUGAACGAAAACCCAGCGCAAAGCCAGGCAACGGAAGAGGACCCGCCCCUCAAAGGGAAGGCGGUGCAGUCCUUCAGCGCAAGACGACCAGGAUGCUCUUCAUUGCCAGUGCGGUGUUCCUUCUAACAUGGCUACCCUAUCUCACAUGCAACAUUCUCUCGGUUCUUGCGGAUGAUCCGCCAGUGUUGUUGCGUGAUAUAGUCCAGAAUAUGCAGGUUGCUCUGUUAAUUAACAACGUGGUCAACCCGCUGAUUUACGGCUUCGCGAACAGACGAUUCAGGAAAGAUUGUAAGGAGGUGCUCCGCAAGAUGAACUUCCUACGCUGCUCUUAA